AUGCCACCCCCACAUAGUGGCGUUGCUUUGUCUGAAAAACUUUAUGCAUUUUUGAGUGAAUGGGGAAUUGAAAACAAGGUGUUUAGUAUGACAUUGGAUAAUGCUUCUGCGAAUGGUGUUUCGGUUGACAUGUUAAGAGAGCAAUUAGUUGCCAAAGGGGUUCUUGUACACAAUGGCGAUCUAUUUCACAUGCGAUGUUGUGCACACAUACUAAAUUUAGUUGUGCAAGAGGGUUUGAAGCAGAUUGAUGAUUCAAUUGUUAAGAUUCGUGAUAGUGUCAAAUAUGUCAAGGGAUCCCAAGUGAGGAAGCAAAAGUUCUUAGAUUGUGUGAAGUUAGUUGCAAUUGGUGAUAAGAAAGGGUUGUGUCAAGAUGUACCAACUAGGUGGAACUCGACAUAUCUUAUGCUUGAAAGUGCUCUUUACUAUCGCCGUGUAUUUCAACAUUUAGAGUUGAGUGAUUCAAACUACAAACAUUGUCCUUCUAGUGCCGAGUGGGACAAAGUUGAAAAGAUUAAAACUUUUUUGAAGUUGUUCUAUGAUGCAACUCUUAAAUUUUCUGGAACAAAGUAUCCCACUGCCAACUUGUACUUCCCUUCCAUUUGGCAUUGUUGCUUCAUGUUGAAACAAUAUUUAGAAGCUACAUUUAGUGUUGGUGGUAGAGUUCUUGAUUCAUUUCGUAGCUCACUUAAACCAAAGACAGUUGAAGCACUUGUUUGUACCAGAGAUUGGUUAUAUGGAGACAAAGAUUUCAAUGAAGAGGUGGAGGAUCUUACACAAGAUAUCUUCAACUUUUCAUUGAAAGAAGAUGAGCCUUUCUCACAGGGAUCAACUUCUCAUGAACGUAAUGAUGCACUUGGAGUCCCCCCACUGCAGCAAAUUAUUUAA